GGAAGGUCAGAUGAUGACUCCAAGUCAUCCAUUAUCGUUAAAAUUCUGGACAAACCAAAUUCAGACUUGGUAUUGCUCUUUACCGUUUCAUUUGUAUGCUUGCAUAACUCAUGUCAUAGCUAGCUGCAGCUGGUUGACCCAGAACACCAGCUUCCCACCGUAAAUCUGUUGGAGAAGAUUCAGCAGGUGGUGAUGGGGAAUUGCCAACAACCUUCAUCAAAUGUCAGGCUUGACGACCGGGCAACGAAUGUGACAGUUCAGCUAAACAAGCACUGUAGUUAAGACCUUGUUUUUCCUAGGCUUAUCCGAGCAAUUGGGCGGAAGGUCGGCUCUAGCCCUCAGGCGUUGACCGACUUACAUGGCUUGCCUGCUCCUUCCGCCUAUUCUUCCACCGCAAACUCACACCCAUUUCAUAUCCUCCUCCUCAACGAACACCAUUCAACGCUGGUGCUAUCUCAUCCUUCCAUCAUUACCAUCAUGGCUAUGGCUUGAAGUUGAAGCUACACACAAGGUGGAUAUGGAACCAGUGCAGUCAGUCACCGAAAUAUAGAAUAUAAAUGAGUUCACCAAUAUUCUCGGGCCUAUGGUAUAUAUAACUCUGUACGAAAGGACGAGUUAAGUAGCUGAAGUCCAGAACAAUGGCAGAAGGUUUGAUACUAGUUGUGCUUCAAAAAAUUGCAACUACAUUAGGAGGAGCUGCACUGAGUGUAAUUAAGUCAAAAUUAGGGAAAGGCGCCAACAUUUUACUUGAGGCAGAGAACAGCAUGAAAGAAAUUGAGAGUGAGUUCGAAAUAAUGCAAGCCUACAUAAGUCAAGUAGACCCAUACAGUGAAAAUGACCAAAUUCUUAAAUCCUGGUUGAAGAAUGUAAGAAAGAUAGCAUCUGAAGUUGAGGAUAUCAUCGACGAAUAUGCAUUUCUUCUUGGAAAAAUGGACAGCGCAGAAAAUUUUAUCAAGAGAGCGUUCCACCAUUCGAGAUAUAUCACUGCAUGGAGUGAUAUUUCUGCUCAGUUGAAGCAAGUGAAAGCACGCCUUCAGAACCUAACAAGUAUGAAAGAUAGAUAUGGUAUCACAGUAGCUGGGCUUGGUGGUGGAUCAUCAAGCCAUAAUAUCACUCGUCAGAUUUACCUGUCUGAUUCUUCCUACUUGAAUGAUCAUGAUGAUCUGAUCAUAGGAAAUGAAGAUGAAGCACAGAAGUUGACACAAUGCAUAAAUGAUCAUGAUAAGGAACGUGCAAUUAUCUCCAUCUGCGGAAUGGGAGGCUCAGGCAAAACAACUCUUAUUAGCUGCAUCUAUAGGAAACGAGAAGUUACAAAGAACUUUGAUUGCUGUGCCUGGAUCACGGUAUCUCCAAAUUAUCACGUCGAAGACCUUUUGAAUAAAGUCGUAAAGCAACUUCAUAUAUCAGAUGAGCAUGGUAUAACUGAUCGUACAUAUUUGGUCGAGAGGAUCCAUAGUCAUCUCAGGGACAAGAGGUACCUUAUUGUUUUGGAUGACAUGUGGAACAGAGAUUCUUGGUUAUUUUUUGAUCGAGCAUUUGUUAAGAAUAUGUGUGGAAGUAGAGUCGUCAUUACUACUCGAAUGGAACCUGUUGCGUCAAUAGCUCAGCAGAACCACACCAUCAGAAUCGGCUUUCUUUCACAAAGAGAAUCAUGGGAGCUCUUCAGCAAAAAGGCAUUCUCAAAGCUCGACAAGGAAACAGCAACAUAUCCUCAAGGUCUUGUUCACUGGGCAAACAAAAUUUUGGAGAAGUGUCAAGGUUUGCCUCUUGCUAUUGUAGCUAUAGGGAGCCUUCUAUCCUACAGAGAAAUGGAGGAGCAAGAGUGGAGACUAUUCUAUAAUCAACUGAAUUGGCAACUAACAAACAACCCGGAACUCUACUGGGUCUCGAGUGUCCUGAAGUUAAGUUUGAAUGACCUUCCGAGCCACUUGAGGAAUUGCUUCCUGUACUGUGGCUUAUUCCCUGAAGAUUACCAAAUACGGCGCAAGUGGAUAAUCAGAUUGUGGGUAGCUGAAGGUUUUGUGGAAGACCGAGGAACAGAGACAACAUUGGAGGAAAUAGCUGAGGAGUACCUGAAGGAACUUACUCAGCGCUCAUUGGUUCAAGUAAAAGAAAGGAAUGAAUUUGGACGACCCAAAAGGUUUCAGUUGCACGACCUUGUCAGAGAAAUGACACUGACUAUAUCAAGGAAGGAGAGGUUUGGUCAUAUCUGUCAUCAGCCAGAUAUAACAGACAUUGGCGAUGUAGCAAACCGUAUAUCUGUGCACAGUGGAGGCCAAAUCUAUCAGGCAGGCCCAUCUUCAAAGCAUCUGCGCUCAUUUUUGUUGUUUGACAAACACGUGCCGGUUUCCUGGAUCAAUACUGCUUCAUCGAAUUUCAAACUGUUAAGAGUCCUGUGCCUCAGAUAUUCUCGCCUCGAGGAUAUUCCAGACGCCAUAACUGGUUUGUUCAAUCUGCACUGCCUUGAUUUCUCGCGUACUAGAGUGAAGAAGAUACCAAAAUCAUUGGCAAAGCUGAAAAAACUACAGACACUGCAUCUCAGGUUUGCCCGUGUGAGGGAGUUGCCGUCUGAAAUAACAAUGCUCACAACCUUACGGCACUUGUCUGUGAGUAAUGAUUUGUAUGGCACAUCGAUAUUUGGGAAUAUCCGUAGUCUCAAAAACUUGCAAACUCUUCGUGAGGUGAAAGCCAACAAAGUUUUAGCCAACGAUCUUGGAUACAUGACACAACUAAGAAGCUUGGGUGUUACAGCAGUCCAACAAAGCUACAACACAGAUCUCUGGGCUUCCAUCAGGAAGAUGACGGUCCUUACAAAGUUGGCAGUCGCAACUUCUGGUGAGAAAGAAGUCCUUAAUUUGCAAAAUCUUAGCUCACUCAAGAAUCUGGAGAAGUUCUACUUGACUGGCAAAUUGGCAGAAGGGGCGCUUUUCCCAACAUCUCAUGGUUUUGAAAAGCUUAAGGUCCUAACACUGCGCUGGUCUGGGCUAAUACAAGACCCUCUGAGUUCCUUGUAUCAAAUAGUAAAUCUUGUUUACCUUAACCUUUAUUGUGCAUACGAUGGGAAAUCCUUGGUAUUCUGUUCUGGAUGGUUUCCAAAGCUCAAGCAACUCUACCUAGGAAAGCUGGAGAAUUUGAGCUCAAUUCAGAUAAGUGAUGGUGCCAUUGCAAACUUAACAUACCUUGAAGUUUAUGAGCUGUGGAAUUUGAAAGAUGUUCCUGAAGGCCUUACAUACGUUAGGUUCCUUCAGCACUUGUAUGCCCGAAUGAUGCCAGGGGACUUCGUGGAGAAACUGGAGGGAAGUAGUCGAAGCUUUGUACAGCACAUUGCCAACAUUGAAUGUGUGUGAUACGCUCUCUUCAGUCCUUGUAAUAAUUGUCUUUGGUUUCUAUUUUGUUGUAAUAAUCAGUAUACUUUUCUGGGAAUAUUUUCUCUAGUAUUCUCCAAACAACAAAGAAAUAGUUAGUCACACUUUGCCCCUGUAA